AUGACGACCGGGCAGACGACCACGCUCCUUGUGUACGUCACCCUGGCAGCGUUCAACUUCGCUUCCAGUAUCAUUCAGGGUGUCGCAGGUAUCGGCGAUGCCAUUCUGAUUCAAGUCUUGUGGCUUCUCGCUUCCAAUCUGUCCGAUGAUUUCAACAGAACCCCCCUUGGCGACUCACCGGUGCGCGCCGUGGCGCUCAUCAUGUACAUUAGACUGCUCUUUAUGUCUCCGCUGGUCGUCUAUCUCGGCAUUGACGACAGCGUCUUCUCCAAGCAAAUGGCGAUCAUGAUGGCCGUGCCGAGCACCAUCCUCACAGUCGUCGGCGUCAUCCUGUACACGAGACUCGAUACCAGCACCCUGAAGAAGAUUCUCGGCUUUACUUGCUUCCUAUUUACCCUCGUGUACAUUGGCAUCAUGAUCUACCGCGCCUGGCGGAAGAAGAGACAGGUGGAGGAAUUGAAGUCUCGAAACGUCAAGUUGAUGGUGGAAGCCAACGCCCUGGAAGAGGAGGCACAGCUGAGCCUCAAGACCAGUAUGGUUAAUCUGCACGCCAGCUUUGUGCACAACGUGCCAAACAAUAGUAUUUUCGCCAUGCGCCCCCCUCCCCCUGGCGGUCAUGGCGGCCUUGGUGUUAGAACUCUGUACAUGACCCCGGCGCCGGAUUCGAGCAUGCUGCAUGGCUCGACCGUGGCUAUGCAAGGUAGCACGAUUAUCGCCCAGAGUGUCACAGCCGGCGAGAUUGAUGCGCGGACUGGCCUGCCAGCGGAUACGACCGAGGCUUUCCUCAGCACCAUCGGCGGCGAGGUGUUCGUGGGGCCCGAGACGCAGGUCCCGCGCGUGAACGAGGAGAACGUGCCGAAACUGACGCCGUCGAAGAUCUCCCCAUCGCGUACCAUGACCUUCACCCGUGUGCGUAUUAACCGCAACAUCGACGCAAACGGAAAAAUCAAGAUGAGCACGAAAAUCAGCGCGGCUGUGGCGGCAUCUCUUGCGGGUAUCAUGGCCUCCCUCACCGGCGUGAAUGCCCCACCGCAGAUUAUCUUCAUUCUCCUCUUCGACGCCCCGAACUACAUUGUGCGCGUCAACUUCAGCGCCCAGUCGAUUCCCGGUAACGUCGUCCGGUUUAUCAUGGCCGUCUGGAACGGCUCCUUCACCUGGGCCAUGAUUCCGCUGAUGAUCGACGUGGUCAUCUUUGGCUUCGCCGGCGUGUUUGUGGGCAAUCGCAUCGGUCGCCUCCUUGGCCCGCAGAGUUUCAACGUGUUCGUUCUGUGCCUACUGCUGCUCUGCUCGCUUGCCAUGGUGGGAAAGUGGCAAAACUUGCUCAUCAUCUGCACAAUCCUGACCGGCAUCAUCACCGUCGCGUGCGGCUACUUUGAGAACAAGCGCAACAAGCCCAUCAUUGAAAAGCAGCGGGUGUCGGAGCUCGAGGUGGAGAAGCGCUUGUACGAUUGCAUGGAGGAGCUGCAGCGCAGCAGCAACGGCUUCGUGCAGCCGAGGGGGUCGGUGUCGACGUUCACUACACUGGUGCCCUUCCAGCGCACGAAUCGUCCAAAGCCGAUGUGGGGAGGUGCGAACUUCGACAACGACGACGAGGGUGCCGGGGAUGAGCGCGAGCAGGAUGCCACAGCAUCGUCACCGGCCGGCGCGACCCACGGCGAGUUGGGUUCGGUCAAGGGAGAAAAGAGCAGCUCUUCCGGCCAUCCGCCGAGGCGUCACAGCAACGCUACGCCAUCGGCUGCAGCAUCAGUCGCGAAUGAAACUGAAGAGGUGUCCCCGGCCGCUCCAGCUGCCCCCCAUCCGGGCAGCGCUGCACACUUACGCACGAUUCCGACGGUUAAGCGCAGCCCCGGCUACCACAUACCCAGUAGCAACAAUAGCGACAAGGACGAUCACAAUCUCCCUAGCUCGAGCAGCACUAUGCUGCACAAUGACCAGUCUGUUUCGAGCGAGGUCAAUCGCUGUCUCCCGGAGCGUCAAUCGCCCUCACUGGGCAGCAUGAAUAGCAACGUGUAG